AUUUCUGAAAUGAAAAGGGGAAUUGCUGGUACCAAAAAUCCACAUUUCUUUUUGGUAGAAUUCUCCAGCCACGCUUGGUGCUCACGCAGGAGGCGAUUUCACUUCAUCGUCACCUCACAAAAGACUUCCAAAUUCACUGCGGCAGACACGGCAAAAUGAAAAUGUUAAAUACAUCCUAGCUGGGAGGGGAUUGAAGCCUUCACUCUCAAUCAAAGAUUUGCAAUAAUAGGAUUCAUAAAAAAAAAAAAAAAAAAGGACAGAUGGGAUUAGAAAAUGUUGCAGUGAAGACUGUGGAAUGAGAUGAGCUCACAGCACCACCCUGUCUUUUGUGGACCUGCACAGUGAUCCCCGAGCCAGACUGGAUUAGGAACCCUCGCGACCAGGAGUCCAGAGAGAGGCCUCCCUUCCCAGGCACUUCAGGGAGAGAAGCUAGAACGAUGCAUCAGAUCUACAGCUGCAGUGAUGAAAACAUAGAAGUUUUCACCACCGUGAUUCCUUCCAAGGUGUCCAGUCCAGCAAGAAGAAGAGUCAAAAGCUCUCAACACCUCCUGACCAAGAAUGUGGUGAUCGAGUCGGACCUCUACUCGCACCGGCCCCUGGAGCUGCUGCAGCACCGCGGUGACCGCAGGGACACGGUGGACGGCCGCAGGGUGGGCCGGCUACAGACCGCGCGGCCUCCUGGGGCGCCCCCCGCCAAAGCUCUCCCCAGACCUGUGGGGAUUUCUGAACCCAAAGCAUCAAAUCUGUGUGGGAACCGAGCAUAUGGAAAAUCUUUGAUGCUUCCAGGGCCCCGAAUCCCAGUGGAGGCAGCAGCCACUGGCUCGGAGAAGGGAGCCGUUCUGACGAGAGGGUCCAGGCAUCGCAAGAAGAUGACCGAAGAGUACCCAACUCUUCCCCAAGGAGCGGAAGCCUCCCUACCACUGACAGGCAGUGCUUCCUAUGGGGUCCCCAGCAUCCUCCGGAAAAUGUGGUCAAGACACAAGAAGAAGUCAGAAUAUGUGGGAGCCACUAACAGUGCCUUUGAGGCUGACUAAGGUGACCCUCCCCUGCAUUGGCCAAGGUUCCCUGGACAAAGGGAGAAAGAUCCAGGAUUGCAGCUGAGCCACACUCACCUCUGCUAUCAGCUGGUCCAAACCCGUCAUCCUCCCUCACUAACUGGUCACCCCGGGCUUAGGGCAUGGAAAAGUCUGUCCCUUCAAGGCAAAAUAAAAACUGCUCAAUUGCUAGAGCCAUGGUCAUAAAGUUUAUAUCCCCUUAUUUAUGCAAAACCAUAGCAUCCCAUUUUAAAGACCUCCGAGAAAAGAAGAGGAGGAUUCCUCUGUCUUCCUUGUGAGUCAUUCUAAAGUGUGAUUUUCUGAUGUAAAUUUAAGAGCUUGACUUUGAGGCAUUUGUGAACACAAUGGUUCUUACCAUUCCCAUCAUCACAUUUAUUUCACCUUGAUGAGGUCUAAUUUUGAAGGACAAGGCAUCACAUAUUAACUUAGUAGUGCCAAUAUGCACUUGAGAAUAUCAUCAAGAUGGCUGCUGAUGGUCAUUGGCAUGAUUGCAUGAGUUCUCUAUGCUUUUAUGUGCAGUUUUUCUACAGAAGAACAUUAAAAAUUAAAUCUCAAAUGCUAAUGUUUUUUGAAGUGGCAUAGUCUAGUGAAAUUAAUAAUACCAUGCUUUGGUAUAAUAAUUUUAACUUCUGGCUAGCACGGUGGUUAUGGCGCUAGCCACAUACCCAAAGCUGACAGGUUGGAACCUGGCCCAGGCCAGCUAAACAACCAUGACAACGGCAACAAAAAAUAGCCAGGCAUUGUGGCGGGCACCUGUAGUCCCAGCU